CAACUAUUGCCAGUGCUCUAUCUCUUUCUCGCUUUUGCGCGCUAGAUAAACAUGACGCAACAUCCGUUCUGUCGGUUGGCUAUCGUGUCGAGUCUCAUACCGCCAUUUUGAUACGCUCUGUUGUCUAUAAUUUCAAUAGAUCGUCUUUAUGGAAAGGUUUUCCUGGAGGAAUAAUUAUGUAUGAAACGUUUUAAUAUGGAUUCGUUUACAAAUUUGUGUCGAAGCUGUCUUAGUCCAGAAACUGGAGUGUCACUUUGUGAUAAUGAAGACAAUAUCAAAGAGAAAUUCUUCGAAGUUACCACUGUCGAGGUCAAGGAAGAUGAUGGCUUACCUCAAAAGCUUUGCAAUGACUGUUUCACUCUUAUGACAUCAGCAUAUCAAUUUCGCAAUCAAUGCAUGAAAAUGGAUAAAGAACUUAGGCUUCAAUUAGAAGCUUACAUCAAUGAGAGCGCAGAACAAUUUUCACAAAUAGAAACACAACUAAAGGCCAGCGAGGACAUGACGAUAGAGGAUAUAGCUAAAGAAUCAAUGAAACAAUUGGAAUCUAUUAUUAAGAGCGAGCCUAAUGAUAGUGACGAUGAUUAUUAUUAUGUGGUUGUAGUCGACAACAAUAAAGAUGAUGAGAGUGAUAAAAGCAACAGCAACAGUGCGGUUACACAAUCCAUUAAAAAAGAAAGUACCACUGAAGACAUCAUAAUGAAGACUUCCGACCCUAGCACACAGUUUGAGAAUUGUAUAGAUUCAUUUCUAGUGACAAAUCCAAAAGUGCCAAAUAAUGUACCAGCGACCAUCCUUGAGAACGAGGAACAAGAAAUAGAUGAAAAUUUUACCAGCGUAGAUGAAUUAUCUCAGGACCAUUCUCUCGGUAUAACAGAAGACUCUCAAGAUAAGAGUGAUGAUUACACUGUGGCUGUGCCACAAAACAUGAAGAAUAACAUAGGGAACUCUAAAAGUUACAUCAAAAUUCUUACCCCAUCUGGCGCAGAAAGAACAAUACUUGUGAAAAAUGAAGAUGGUGUUAAAUAUUUAACAGAUGCUCAGCUCCUUAAGGAUGGUACGGAUUCUUUGUCUCAAGAAGAAGUUAUUUUUUAUGAAGGUGAUGAUGCAUCACAGUUGCAGAUACUGAAAUGUGAUGGUUCCGAGUUAGUUAUAGAGUAUGCUGAUGACAGUCAGAUAGCAACAGUUUUGCAACAAGAAGAUGGCACUUUCUUGUGUGAUUGCGGUGAACAGUUUGAUGAUUUUGCCGAAUAUGAAAAACAUCAAUACAAACAUAACCCGGCUGGAGAACAUUUGUGUAAUUUAUGUGGUAAAGGCUUCGAAACUGCUGAAGUUCUGACCGGGCACAUGCUGUUACAUAGCGUGACAAGUGUAUAUGUUACAUGUCCAUUCUGUUGCCAAAAAGUAAGGAGAAACAGUCUCACGCAACACAUAAAAUAUGUACACAAUACAAAACCACAAUGUGAUAUCUGUUCAAAGACAUUUGCAAAUCAAAAUAAUUUAAAAAGGCAUUUGAUGAUACACAGCGGGAUAAAAGAUUUUGAAUGUGAUAUAUGCCACAAGAGGUUCCAUCAAAAAAUAACCAUGCAAACGCACAGACUGACACAUGUCAAUCCAUUCACAUGCAAUCAAUGUGGACUACAAUUCAGCGAAAAAGCCGAUUUAACUGCCCAUAAGAGUUCAGAAGAGUGCAGUAAGACAAGAAUAACCAAAGUUAAGGAGGAAUUAAUGAAGACUGUGAAACAGGAAGUCGUAUCCAACCUCGGAAAGUUAUUAGGCUAUGCCUGUUCGUUAUGCAAAAAAAUGUUUACGCUUGAAUCUGCUUUAGAGCAACAUGUAGAAACUACACAUAUUUUCGAAAAUGAGGAACAACAUUUGGAGAAGGUCCCAAAGAAGAGCAACAAAAAGUUUGACUGUCGAAUAUGUGGGAAGAGUUGUGCCAGUCAGGCGAUGAUGAUCAUGCAUGAAAGGGUGCACACGAACGAGAGACCGUUCCCUUGCCAACUUUGUGCACUGAGAUUCAAAACAAAAACUCAUUUGCGUACACACCAAUUGACACAUACGAGGGAGAAAAAAUUUGGGUGCUCUGUUUGUUUGAAAUUUUUCGCACUAAAAGGUAACCUGGUUGUCCAUUUAAGAACACAUACCGGGGAGAGACCGUACGUAUGUUCCAUAUGUGGCGAAGCUUACAUAGACUCUAAAUAUCUUAAAAAGCACAAACAAAAGAAACAUGCCAUAGACAAUGUUCCUUGGAAUACAUAUUAAUGAAAUCUCAUACAUAGGAUAUGUUAAGAUAACCAACGCAUACAGAAAAAUAAAUCGGAAUCAAGCAAUUCAUUUAAAUACGCCUGAAAACAGCACUGAAUCAAAAUAUAAAUGUAUUUAAUAAGUAUUUAAAAGACUCGAGUUGACAUUGUGUAAAGCCAAUGUACGUGUGCUGAUAUCCAAAAAAUAUUUUAAUGUAAUAAAAUUUUAUUAAUUAAGUAAAUUAUUUUAAGAAAAGGCCUAUUUAAGGGUGUAACUAAAAAAAAAACUAUAUUUGAUACUAACAAACUGAUCAUGUAAGAUUUGUGAAGAUAUCUUAGGAGUGGUUUGAAUAAAGAGAUUGUAUAUAUUUCCCAAUAAAUAAGUCGUUUUUUAUAAGACAGCUGAAAUGCUAAACUCAAUCUGUGACAAGUAUUGAUGCUUCACAGUGCUUCACAGCUCCAUGGACACGGGAGAGUAACUUUGUAAAAAUUGAUAAAAUUUUAUAAAUAAAAAAUAUUAAUUAA